AUGGCUUCGGCUACUCUUUCGGUGGCCAAUGCCUCCCUCCAGGUCUCUCUCUCUCUCUCUCUCUCUCUCCCCGUCUCUCUCUCCUCUCUGAUGUCUCUCUAGCAGGGGGGCGGUCGACUGAUGCAGUUGUUUGUGGUGCAGGGGAAGGGGUUCUCGGACUUCUCUGGGCUGAGGAGCUCUGCGGCGUCGCUGCCGUUGGCUAGAAGGUCGGGGUCCGAUGACUUCGUGUCCGUCGUGGCGCUGUCCACCUCCGCUGUAAGGCCGUCCUUCUUUCCGGUCGCCGCCAGCGGUCGAUCGAAGCUCCUCGCUGACUGUUUCUCCGGCAGGUGGCGACCAGCGGGGGCUACCGGAGGGGGCCGGCGGAGGCAAAGAUAAAGGUGGCGAUCAACGGGUUCGGACGGAUCGGAAGGAACUUCCUGCGGUGCUGGCACGGCCGCAAGGACUCGCCGCUGGAUGUGAUCGCCAUCAACGACACCGGCGGCGUCAAGCAGGCCUCCCACCUGCUCAAGUACGACUCCACCCUCGGCAUCUUCGACGCCGUCGUCAAGCCCGAGGGCGACAGCGCCAUCUCCGUCGAUGGCAAGGUCAUCCAAGUCGUCUCCAGCCGCAACCCCCUGAACCUCCCCUGGAAGUGAGCCCUCUCUCUCUCUCUCUCUCUCUCUCUCUCUCUCUCUCUCCAGCUCUCUGAAGGCUAUGCAUGGUCUGACGCCAGGGAUCUGGGAAUUGACCUGGUGAUCGAGGGGACGGGAGUGUUUGUCGACAGAGAGGGCGCCGGGAAGCACAUCGAGGCUGGGGCGAAGAAAGUGCUCAUCACUGCCCCGGGGAAGGGGGACAUCCCCACCUACGUCGUCGGGGUUAACGACGAAGGCUACAGCCACGACGAGCCCAUCAUCAGCAAUGCCUCCUGCACCACCAACUGCCUCGCCCCCUUCGUCAAGGUCCUUGACCAGAAGUUCGGUGAGACCCUCCGCACCUCUUCACCUCCCCUCGUCGAUCGCCACCGUUGGCCGGGAGGGAGACUGUGCUUGUUGUUUAGUAAGUAAGAGUUUAUCUAUCCGACGGCAGGAAUCAUCAAGGGCACCAUGACCACAACCCACUCGUACACCGGCGACCAGAGGCUGCUCGACGCCAGCCACCGCGACCUCCGGCGAGCGCGGGCCGCCGCCCUCAACAUCGUCCCCACCUCCACCGGCGCCGCCAAGGCGGUGGCGCUCGUCCUGCCGUCGCUCAAGGGGAAGCUCAACGGGAUCGCCCUCCGCGUGCCUACUCCCAACGUCUCCGUGGUCGACCUCGUCGUCCAGGUCUCCAAGAAGACCUUCGCGGAGGAGGUCAACGCCGCCUUCAGGGAGAGCGCGGAGAAGGAGCUCAACGGGAUCCUCUCCGUCUGCGACGAGCCCCUCGUCUCCGUCGACUUCCGCUGCAGCGACGUCUCCUCCACUGUGGACUCCUCCCUGACCAUGGUCAUGGGCGACGACAUGGUCAAGGUCAUCGCCUGGUACGACAACGAGUGGGGCUACUCCCAGAGGGUCGUCGAUCUCGCCGACAUCGUCGCCAAAAAGUGGAAGUGA